CUGGCCACAAAGUUGUAACCUUGCAAAACAAGAUGUCGGUCGUACUGGCCAAGGCCGCUGGAGGCUCUUUCGGACGCCAGUCUUGGAGUCAACUGCCGAGGGUUGCCGGAUGUGUUAUUGUUCAGCACAGGGAUGCCUCGAACACAGUCCCGAGCCAGUUGUCUGCCCUGAAGCGAGGCACGGGGGGCAGGAGUUCUUUCAGCGGGAUUGUCGCCACAGUGUUUGGUGCUAGCGGUUUCCUGGGCCGAUAUGUUUGCAACAGACUAGGCAAGAUCGGGUCACAAGUCAUUGUCCCGUACCGCUGUGAUGCCUAUGACAUUGAGAGACUGCGUAUGACCGGGGAUCUGGGACAGGUUCUUUUCUUUCCUUUUCAUUUGAAAGAUGAAGAUUCGAUCCGCAAGACUGUUCAGUACUCGAAUGUUGUCAUCAACCUUAUUGGCAGAGAGUUUGAGACAAAGAACUUCACCUACAACGACGUCCAUGUGAAGGGGGCGCGGCGGCUCGCCAGGAUCGCAAAGGAGUGUGGUGUGGAACGUUUCAUCCACAUGUCUCAUCUCAACGCCAAGGCAGACCCGCAGAAAAUCUGGACUUCUUCCGACUACCUGAAGUCUAAGUACGAAGGAGAACUGGCCGUCAGAGAGGAAUUCCCCGAGGCCAUCAUCUUCAAGCCGGCGGACAUGUUUGGUUCGGAGGAUCAGUUCCUGAACUACUACAACUACCGCUCGAGAUGGAGUGUGGUCCCCCAAGGAAUCCCUCUGUGGAAGAAAGGUGAACAGACCAUCAAGCAGCCCGUCUAUGUUGCUGAUGUCGCUGAGGGAAUUAUUCAGUCCAUCAGGAACUCUGGGAUGGAAGGCAAAGACAUCGAGUGUGUGGGGCCACAGCGCUACUACCUGGCAGACAUCGUGGACUACAUCAUUCGGGUGUUGAGGAGAGAGGACACCUUGAAGAGAACCGACAGGACCCUCAUGCUCAGGGUGAAAGCCAUGCUGUUGGACAGAGUCGCCACCAAGUCAUGGUACAACGCAGACAAGCUGGAGAGGGAAGCCAUCACAGACUGGACGACGCCUGGCAACCCGACCUUGGAGGACCUGGGCGUUGACCUCAAACAGUUUGACGCCAUGGCUCGCUUCCUGCUCUUCCCGAUGCGGCGCAACGCUUACUAUGCUGAGAAGCUGGGCGAGUUUGCCGAGCCUGAGCCGCCGCUGCCAGCGGAGCACUACAUCUCUAAACACACCGCUGCCACUAGCUAGAUAGAUAGAUAGAUUGUUGUACUCGGAGUUCUGGGGGAAUGAAAAAGCUGCGACUGUUGUUUGUGUGAAAGUUUAAAAACUUGUUCGUUAAUGAUGCUUGUUUGGGUCAAGGGAGAAAAGUGUAGUUUUAAAAACAAAUUAAUGUUUUUUUAGCUGGUGGGCCUAUUAUUUUUAUCGAUAAAUAAAACCCCAAUUUAACUUGAUGCUAUUCCAUCAAAUUACUUUGGAGAUUUGUCAUACUGAAGAAGAGUAGUGAAUCGAAUACAGACCCUACUGUUUUGUCAGCAAACUGUUAAUGUGAUGCCUAAGAUCUUGUACAUCUCUCAUUUAUUGCUUCGAGCAAGGGUCCCGGUCCUGUAUUGCCUGCUCUGAGCUGUUUGUCUUUCUUCAUGGGUUUUCAGAAGAAAAAAAGGUUAGUUGUGGAUGCAAGGUCUAGGUCAACUCUUGCGCUGCGUGACUGGUGACUGGUAAACAUGGUGUAUUUAAUUGAUGAGGAAGCGAUCGUUUUGCUUCUGGUGUUUUGAACUGUACGGAAACCCUAGUACAGACACAGUGCUUGUUUUGUGUACAAAGGGGAAAUAUCUGUAUCAAUUUGUGAUUCACGUGAAAAAGUCUGGACAAUAAAAAGUUUGAAGUGAACUCUUAA